CUUCUCACUCACCAAAAACACUCGUCCUUUGCCACUUCACUCACCAUGAUCCCCGUACCACCGGUUCUGGCGUUGCUCUGCCUCACCGUAGUUUCUGUAAUCCUUACAAUCACUCCGGUGAGUGCCUGGCGCCCAUGGCCCAACCUGAAACCCAACAGCUCCGAUCUUCUCUACAGUGGGUCCAAGAAAUUUGAGGGCUCAUCAGAGUUCGUCCACCUGCGGUACCAUAUGGGUCCAGUCCUCACUGCCAACAUAACCGUCCACACCAUAUGGUACGGUACGUGGCAGAAAUCGCAGAAGAAGAUCAUCCGCGAGUUCAUCAACUCCAUCUCAGCCGUCGAUUCCAGGCCUCCAUCUGUCUCUGGCUGGUGGCGCACCGUACAGCUCUACACGGACCAAACCGGAGCCAACAUCUCCCGAACGGUGCGUUUGGGGGAGGAGAAAAAUGACAGGUUCUACUCUCACGGGAAAUCGCUCACGCGCUUAUCGAUACAGUCCGUGAUUAAAAGCGCGGUCACUGCAAAAACGAAGCCGUUGCCUAUAAAUCCAAAAAGCGGGCUGUAUCUGUUGCUCACUUCGUCCGACGUGUACGUUCAGGAUUUCUGCGGGCAGGUAUGUGGGUUCCACUACUUCACGUUCCCAUCGAUCGUGGGGUACACGCUGCCCUACGCCUGGGUGGGGAACAGCGCGAAGCUGUGUCCUGGAGUGUGCGCUUAUCCCUUUGCCGUACCCGAGUAUAUCCCCGGCUUGAAGCCGCUAAUGUCACCAAACAGUGACAUAGGAGUGGAUGGGAUGAUCAGCGUGAUUGGUCAUGAGAUUGCUGAGCUGGCGACGAACCCGUUAGUGAAUGCAUGGUAUGCGGGUCAGGACCCGGUUGCGCCAGUAGAGAUAGCGGAUUUAUGCGAAGGUAUCUAUGGGACAGGUGGUGGUGGUUCGUACACAGGACAGUUGAUGAACACCCAUGAUGGUGCCACGUAUAAUAUGAAUGGGAUUAGACGGAGGUAUUUGGUUCAGUGGGUUUGGAACCAUUUGGUAAAUUAUUGUACUGGCCCUAAUGCACUUGAUCAGUAGUUGGUAAUUUACUCUCUGUAAGGGUUAUUUUUAUUUUUCUUGGGUUUGGGCUGUGUUGGUACUUGGGUUGGUGAAUGAAGGUUUUGCUUAAAAAGUAGUUAAGUUUGUUAAAAUAUGUGAUAAUAACCUUCUCCUAUUCAAAUUGUAUGGUACAAUUGGAAUGUAAAGGGAGAGGUUUGUAAUGGAUUGAAGACAAAAAAUGAAAAACGUACAUAUUGGAUUGCACCUAAA